GAGGAAUUUUGCUAAAUGUCUGCUGUUCCUGUGUUUGUCUGCAGUCGCAGGACCGGCCACUACACGCUACAGCAGAACCAGAACCAGAACACCCAGCAUGGAGACAGGUAUGGACCUUCAGAUCCCAGUUCCAGCUCUGCACCGCAUCCCAGAUCUCAGCCGUCCUCCAGCCCAAAGCUGGGUUCAAGCCCCCGACAGAGUCCCAACUCCAGGCCCAGACCCCCACCCACCUAUCAGCGCUACAACUCUCAGGACUCUCUGGACGAGCUGGAGAUGGACGACUACUGGAAGGAGGUGGAGAACAUUAACCGGUCAGGAGGAGGAGCACCCAGAGGAGAAGGUGGAGGAGACGGAGAGGUUCAAGAGGAGGAGCAGCAGAAAACUCCUGAAGAAGGCGAGCAGGAGGAGGCGUGGCUAAUGGAGGCGGGGCUACAGCGGCUGUUCGAUGACUCAUUGGCAGCUGAUCAGGAUCAGGAAGUAGACAGCGCAGUGUUUCUGUCGACGCUCACCAGAACUCAGGCGGCAGCAGUUGAACGUCGCGUCCAGCAGACGCUACGGCGACGCAACCGGCAACACCUCCCCGAUGUUCGGGACAUAUUCAGACCUCCAGAAAAGAACGAGGAGCCUCACAAGCUCAAAGGGGGAAGUGAGAACGGACAAAACGACUCAUCUUCAGCCGAAAUGGAGACGGAGCUGAACGUUGAAGUAGCGUUUUCAGAGCAGGCGCUGUCCUACCGGGACAACCAUCAGCGUUUAAAGGUCACGGCCAGCCCCAGCUCACCUGAUGACAAACUGCCGAACUUUAAGCUGCUUCGAGAUAAAACAGGUCAGACCAGAAUCGGAGAUCUGUCUCCUCUGGAUAUGAAAAAGGUUCGCCGGCUGGUGCUGGUGGAGAUGACGGCGCUUUUCGACACCGCAGGAAUCGACGUGAAGGCGCACAAAGCUGUCAAAGUCAAGACUAAAGAAACUGGUCUGUUUGGCGUCCCGCUGCACACUUUACUGGAUCAGGACCAGAGGAGAGUUUCUGGAACCAAAGUGCCAUUUAUUCUGCAGAGGCUCAUUAGUCACAUCGAGGACGAGGGUUUGGACACUGAGGGGCUGCUGAGGAUCCCUGGAGCUGCAACCAGAGUCAAGUCUCUGUGUCAGGAGCUCGAGUCCUCCUUCUAUGAUGGGAUGUUUCAGUGGCAACAGCUGAAACAACACGACGCUGCGAGCCUGUUGAAGCUGUUCAUCAGGGAGCUUCCUCAUCCGCUGCUGACUGUCGAGUACCUCAAUGCCUUCAUCGCCGUCAACAAACUUCCUACAAAGAAGCAGCAGCUGCAGGCGUUAAACCUGCUGGUUCUUCUGCUGCCAGAAGCCAACCGGGACACUCUGAAGGCGCUGGUGGAGUUUUUCCAGCGUGUGAUCGACCAUCAGGCCAAGAACAAAAUGACUCUGAACAACGUGUCCGUCAUCAUGGCGCCCAACAUCUUCAUGUUCAAAGGCUUUCGUUCUAAAGUUACAGAGCAGCAGGAGUUCUCCAUGGCGACCAGAACAGCCAACAUCGUCCGGCUGCUCAUCCGAUACCAGAAUCUCCUCUGGACAAUCCCAAAGUUCAUUGUGACUCAGGUCAGACAGCAAAACAUGGAGAGUCAGAGGAAACAGCAUAAAGAGAGAGCUGUACGGAAGCUGCUGAAGAAGAUCACAACUGAGAAACCACCUGAAAGACCCAUUCCUGAGGAGAGUUCACAGGGUUUCAUUCGAGUUCAGGCGCCGCAGUUCAGUAAAAUUUCGAUGGCAGUUCAGCUGACUGAAGAGCUACAAGCUGCAGAUGUGUUAACUCGCUUCAUCAGCCAGGACAGCUCAGUGGCGGUGAAGAAAGAAGAGUUGUGUCUCUAUGAGACUGGUGGAAACAUCAAGGAGAGAUGCCUGGAUGGAGAAACCUACAUGAAAGACCUUUUCCAGUUGAAUCCUACAGCAGAGUGGGUCAUCAAAGCCAUGCAGCGAUAAACACACUUUGUAGGAUCGUGUUCUGCUGCAUGCUACAAAUCUUUACCACUGUGUCCUACUGGGAGGAAACGUCACCUGGCUCUCUGAGGCUUCUGCUGCUCCAGGAUGAACUGUUAACAACAACAAAAAAGGCUGGGAGAUUCUUCAUUGUGGCAUUCAUGUGGAUGUUACUUUGACAUCUACCUAAACAAUACUGCAGACCAAGUGCGCCCUCCUACAGCAACAGCACUCCCCCUGCAGGACAAGAUGCUCUAAACUCUAAAAACUGCUCAGGAAAGGCUCGAGGAACACGACCAUGAGCCUGGAAGUGUUGACCUGGCCUUUAAACUCCCCAGAUUCCCAGUGUGUGUUCAAUCGGUCCUGAAAUCUACCUGAAAAUGCAUGAUUUUGGUUAACAAAAAUGUGGUAAUACAUUUCUUUUCUAGUUUGUUGCAUAUCCAGAAUUCCCGAAUGCGAAGAUAAAAAGGGAGAUUACAGCUUGGGAUUCUGAACAUUUUAAAUUAUGCUGCUUAAAGGAUUUUUUUGGUCUUCAAGUUCAACUAGACUGAAGUGCAAGGCAGUUGUCCAGGCGAAAGAAAACCACUCAUUUGGAGACCUUAUAAACUGUGAUUUAUUGCAAGUAAUGACUUUAAUCUGUGUGCAGAAAUGAGAUUAAAUAUAUAGUUUGGUGCAUUAAAUCAUAAAAUCACACAUCGGGAACAUGAAUAAUUCAGAAUCCAUUUUCUGUUGGCUAAUUCUGAAAAUCUUUUAUCCAUUUAUAAAAUUUAUACUUUCUUUUAAAGCCAUAACAGGUAAAUAAAUUGCCACUUCAUUGAAUCGUCGUUGAUUAUCGGAGCUUCUCCAGGGAGGAACAAGCUUCGAAGUGAAUAGUUUUUUGUGAGUCCAGCAAAAAAUAGAUCAAAACGUUUCUUCUUCUGGGUUUUUGUGAUCAUGCCAUUGUUAUUCAGCAAGAGGCACGCGAUGAUGACAUCACUGUUUUUAUGGUACAUUAAUAUUUCCGGAUGUUUGAGUGUGUUGAAGUGUGACUCCAUCUUUUAAAAACCACUGGACAGAAACACAGAAAUACGUUUUUUUUAAUUUUUUUAUAUAUA